UUGGCGGUGUGGAAAGGCACUUGGGGGAACACUUUUGCAUCCGAGCCGUGGCUGCAGGUCCUCGGGGCAAAUGUAUACGGCUCGGGAGCACUUGGGGGGAACCUGGGGAGCUGUAACCGGGCUCUUUAGGGCGCGGGGCACGGCAGGAGGUUUGGGCGGGGAACUGUGUUGUGAGGUACUCUGAUAGCGCGGGGGAUGAUGGGAGAUGAAUUCCCAGCAGUGGCUGUAAGGGGCCUCAGGGGGAUCGGGAGCAUUCAGGGAUCCACGGACGCUUUGGGGAGUCCCGAACGGGCGCUGAGGGGGAUCCUGGAGGGUUUGGGGGACACUUACGGGACAUAUGGGGGGCGAUACCGGGGUUCUGGGGAGCGCAGGGCGUAUUCCCAGUCCCUCCCAUUUCCUUCCAGCAUAAUCCCAUUUGCUCUCAGCCACUCCCAGUCAGCCUCAGUAUAACUGGACUCACUGCCAGUAUGAUCCCAAACACCACCAGAAUGAUCCCUGUUCAUCCCAGGAUAAGCUCAGUUGCUUCCAAUCACCCCCAGCAUGCAGCCAGUCACUCUCAGUUCCUGCCAGUUGCUCCUAGCAUGAUCCCAGUCACUCCCAGUAUAUCCCAUUUGCCCCCAACCUGGUCUCAAUUGCCCCCCGCAGGCUUCUCCUCACUGCCAGUAUGAACCCAGUACAAACCAGUCCCUGCCACUGCUGCCACUCCUGGGAUCCCCCAGCCCUCUCUGUGUUCCCCCCUCCCAGAUCUUCCCAGAGGAGCCCCAAGGGCUGGGAGUCCUCAGCCAGGGUCCUCAGCCAGCCCCAGUUUGGAUCUGCAGCCCCCAAUUUUCCCAGUUUCCCUCUCCUUUUCCCUGGGCCGUGUUCCGCCCUGGCCCCAGCAGGUGGGAGCAGCCGAGAGCCUCACACUGCCCACCCCGACCUGUCCCGGCUCCUUCCCUGCUCCUCCCGUGGGCUGUGAGGGAUUCAGGAAUGGGGCACCGAGGGUGUCACUGUUCCUGGGGGAGGAGAAGGAGGAGGAGGGACAAUCAGGGAAAGGAGAAGGAACCAUGAGGUCGAGCAUUCCUUGAAUUCACAGCCCCCCACCCACAGGUGGGAUCAUCACCCCGUAUCCCCACAGAAUUUCUCAUUCCCAAACCUUGUCCAGAUGGAGAAGGAGACUGUGAGGAAGAGGAAGAUGCCCUGGAACACCCAGGCAGACAAGGAGCUAAGGAUGGAGACCAGGGAGGACAAAUCCCCACAGCAGAACCUCAUGGAAGAGGCCAUUUUGAGCAGCUCCAUGGUGCAGGAAUCCAACGGGGAGGAAAAGCCCCGGAGAUCCCGCAGGAGGAGGGGCUCCAAACCCAGCCCAGGGUGCUCUGAGGAGGAAAGACCCACCCUGUGCCAGGAAGGCGGCCAGAGAUCCAGCCAGGGCUCUGAGCUGGUGGUCCAUGAGCAGCUUCAGGAUGGGGAGAAACCCUACAAGUGCUUGGAGUGUGGGAAGAGCUUCAGCCGGAGCAACCGUCUGAUCUGCCACCAGAUGAUCCACACCGGGGAAUGGGCCUACAAGUGUGGGAAAUGUGGGAAGGGCUUCAGCUUCAGCUCCCAACUCAUCACCCACCAGCGAAUCCACACAGGGGAGAGGCCCUAUGAGUGUCCCGACUGUGGGAAGAGGUUUCAGACCAGCUCCCAUCUCCUCCAGCACCAGCGGAUUCACACAGAGGAGAGGCCCUUCCGCUGCUCUGACUGUGGGGAGGGCUUCAAGCACAACUCCAACCUCAUCACCCACCAGAAAAUCCACACCAGGGAACGGCCCUACGUGUGUGGGGAAUGUGGGAAGAGCUUCAGCCACAGCUCCAACCUGACCAUCCACCAGAUGAUCCACACUGGGGAGAGGCCCUACGAGUGCCCCAAGUGUAGGAAGAGGUUUCAGACCAGCUCCAAUCUCCAUCAGCACCAGCGGAUUCACACAGAGGAGAGGCCCUUCCGCUGCCCUGACUGUGGGAACGGCUUCAAGCACAACUCCACCCUCGUCACCCACCGGCGCGUCCACACUGGGGAGAGGCCCUACAAGUGUCCCGAGUGUGGGAAGAGCUUCUCCAGAAGCUCUCACUUGACCCAACACCAACGGAGGCAUCGGUAAGGGAAGCCCUACGAGCCCCAAGUGCAGGAAGAGCUUCGUGCGCUGCCCCAGCUCCAUCCCCCAUCAGAGGGCCCAUGUUCCCAGUGAUCUGUGUUGGGAGGACACUGGGCUGGUGGUGCUUUUAUUUUGGCCCUAAUUUUCUUUUGAUUCAUCUUCAUCCCUUUAAAACAUACAAAAUUGGGGUAAAAAAUUAACAAAUUCAUCAAAGGCUCAAAUUCGCAAAUUAACAAAAAAUUAACAAAUUCAUCACUUUUUACUUUUUACUUUUUUUUGCUUCAAGGGAAUCUGGGAUUCAAGGAGGUACUUGAGAGGAUUUUCGGAUUGUGGGGGUAUUUGUUGGAGUUGUCUCCAUUUCUUGGCACUCAAAGAGAUGAGAGGCUUUGAUCUGUCACCUCAAAACCAGUCAAUCCCACUGAAAACUACUCAGUUCCAUCCCAAAAGUACUCGAUUCCACAGCCCCUCAGGGUGCGAUGCCUUAAGUUUUAGCUUGCAUAUUUUUCAUAGGCUGCCCUGCCUGGGUUUGUAGUUUUGAACUUUAUAUUAAGUGUUAGUGAGCUCUCUUCACAGAGUAGGUAGACAAAACAAUUCCUUUUCUAGCUGGAUACCAAGGACAGUCAUUACAAGUUUCAGGCCCAAAAGCAUGGACAACGGUGGACUGAAGAGAGAAAACAAGAAGGAUGGGACUUCAUCAUCUGAAGCUGUAAUUGGACAAUUAAACCUAAUAUGAUGGACCUAAACUUCUAAAAAUGUGAGACCUUGUGAUCAGUUGUCCAUUUUUGUGACCAUUUUUGGUACAUCUUGGGUGUAGUCCCGGCCAAGCUCUUGUACUACCAAGGUGUAUCCUUUAAGGCCUUGUAA